AUGGCGGAACACAAUAAUCCCAAUCUGGACAGUAAAUUCCAUUUUGUUUCUUCCAAGAGCCCAGAUGGCCGUACAGCAAAGCGCAUAGCCCGAUCUCAUGCUGUAGCUCGCGGUCUCGAGAACAAACGCAAGCUCCAGCAAAAGUCGGGUCUCAAUUUCCAUGUCGUAUCUUUGAAAGGUGGCUCUAGCCGCAAUUUGGAUAAGAAAAAGACACCACGUCCUCGUCUUGCACCGAAAAUCACCUUAUCUGCAGAGGAGUCUAGUGCGUUCCAAAUGCUCGCCGCAGAGUCACCGAAGUUACAGGCGUUGUUUAGUCGAUGUAAAUUGCAGCAUGCCACAGAGCCAGUGUUUAGUGUUUCAGAUGAGCUUGUGCUCCAGAAUUUCCGCCCUAUUCUACGCAAAGGGCUCGAUGACCAUGCCCUUCUGAGUGCAGCUAUGCUUACAUUCUCAUUUGCCAUCACUAAUGGCUGUAUUGACGCCGAAUGCCUCCGAUAUAAAGGUCAAGCUCUUAGCUCCAUUCGUCAAAGGAUGAACUCUCCAGAUCUGGCCACCGCGGAAUCAACACUCGGUGCUAUCUUGCUGUUGGCUGGAGUGGAGGCUCAACUUGGAGUACCGCGUCAAGUUCAACUUCACAUGGGUGCAAUACAACAGAUUCUUGACAUAUGUGGGAGAAAAGGUGUGUUUCUCAGUGAUGGUAUAAAGCGUGCGAUAUUCUGGUCAGACUUGAAUGCUUCCGUCAUGACUGGAUCCAACCGAGUGGUCGACCACACGACCUUUGCCGAACUGCAAUGGGAAAGAGAUCCUUUUACUCGGCAAUUCUUUACCCUGCCACCUGGAUUCCAGGCCCACUCUCAGUUACUUGGUUCGAGCUUCGUUGAGGUGCUCAAGGAUGUCUUUGCAUUGCAGUGUAUCCGAGAGUCUACCUAUUUCGAAAAGGAGGAUACAAUCGCCAUGGCGCAUAUUGAUAACCACCAAGCGUCAAUCCAGUCGAGACUGGCACAUUUACCAAAUCAUUGCUCCAUAUCGGAGUGUUGCCAUCUAGCGGCGUAUAUAUGUUCAACAAUGCUGCGCUGUAAGCUUUGGCGCACUUCUACUAUUCCUUCUCAUCUUUCAUCAAGGCUACUCGGGAAGCUGCAAGAAGCAGAUCAUGAUUUUUUGUGGGAUGAUUGGCCUGAGUUGUUAGCGUGGUUGCUAUAUAUUGGUGGGGCUUUUGCUCCUACGGGCGAUAUACGAUCGGGGUAUCUGACAUUGUUGCAUUUGAAUCGCACCUCAAGGCUCAAAGAAUUGUAUUCAUCUUGGUCUGAUCUGCUGGGAAUUCUGAAGCAGUUUAUCUGGUCGGAAAAGGCUUUUGAAUCCCAAGUGAAGGCGUUCUUCGAGUAUUGUGAUCAUUAA